UGGAUCUCACGCGACUGUUUACCAUCGCCACCACUGACGCGUAGAUCGCUGCCGGAUCCGUGUGGUGUCCCGUGUGCCGUCGUCAUCGCCGUCGUCGUCCGAAGCGUGCAUCGCCUAAGUGUGCCGACGUCAUCCGGGCGUCCGCGUGCGAUUCGCUCAAUUUCCCGGAUUUGCCCGAGACGGAAUAGUGUCCAAGCUUCAGAAUGGUAGACAACGCAAGCAGCGAAUCUAGCGACUCGUCGCCACAGAUUGAGAAGGGAUGGCCAGCCUUGAGGCAGCAUAUUGUAGAAAAUAAGAUUAAAUUUGGAUUAUGGCUUACCAGACUCUUCACCAUAAUAUUCACCAUUGGUUAUAUCAUUCCAAUAUUCGGGAAUCCAUACAAUAUAUAUUAUAAAGUAUUAAUGAAUAACGCAGCAACCAGUGCGUUACGUCUGCACCAAAGAGUGCCCCGUGUUCAGUUCACGAGACAAUUUUUAGAGACUCUGCUGUUGGAAGAUUCGUGCCACUACUUACUUUACUCCUUGAUAUUUUUGUAUGCAGCGCCAGUCACAUUGGUGCUUACGCCAGUUUUUCUUUUUGCUCUAAUGCACAUGGCCAGUUACUCUCUUACAUUAUUAGAUUGUCUAGGACAUAACAGCUGGUGGGGCGCUCGUCUGUUGAUAUCGCUGGUAGAAUUUCAAUCGCGGAAUAUCCUACGCUUGUGCGCUCUGUCGGAAAUUAUCAUCUUGCCAUUCACUGUUCUUCUAGUGUUUACAGGACGCGCCGGUUUACUGACUCCAUUCAUCUAUUAUCAGUUUUUGAAACUGCGUCUCGCGUCGCAGAGAAAUCCGUUCACGCGUAAUGUAUUUUACGAGCUCAGAAACGGAUUGAGUUCAGUGUCAAAGAAGCCAGCCGUACCAGACAUCGUUCGGAGGAUGAUUAACGGUUUGUUGUCUCUGACCCAGCAAAUGGCGCCAGUGCGUCAAUAAUAUCUAUGAUAUUAAAUAUCUUCGAUUCUUUCUCAUAUUGUCUCUCAAAGACAGAUCUCCUAGGGUUCUAGGGUCCACUCAGCAACACUUUCAUGAAUUAGUGUUAGCGUGAAGUGAGUGCCGACUUCAAAAUUUAUAGCGAAUGUCAUGUGAAUUAUAUUACACGAUAUCUAAUUUUGAAAUAUCUAUGAAAACAAUCCAAGCGUACGAACGGUUUCUUAAUAUUUAUGCUCAUUUAUUGUUAAAUCUUGAAUAAGAAUGUGAGAAUGCAAACCAAUUACAUAUGUUCUGAUUACAUGUGUAUGUAAUUAGUAUAUCACAAAAUGUAUAACGUAAAAGAAAAAUUUAGAUUUUUGUUGAAUAUUAUUUUUUGAGUCGAAUUUUAUUUUUAAUUAAAUACAAUUUAGAAUCAACAGGUAAAAGUAUGCACAUGUGUACUAACUUCUUUAUUUUAAAUGUAAUUUUGAGUCAUGUUUGUAACGAGUAGAUUUGUAACAGUGCAUAGAGUUUCCUGGUUACCGGAGUUUUAAUGUUGAAUAAAUGUCAACUCUGGUUUUUUAAUGAUUUUGCACGGUUUUGCGGUAUUAGGGUACGUGUAUAAAACCUAGUAUAUAAGUUACAAAGUUAUAUUUCCGUACACGCGGAAUGGUUCACCCGCCAUCUUUUGGGGAUAAGCUAUGGUCUAAGUUUAAUUUAAUAUGUCAUAUGUUUGUUCUAUUGAUUGUUAAUUCUAUUGUAAUUUCGUCUAUCUUCUAUAGGAUAUUUAUCAUGUUUAAAAAUAAUUCAAAAUGGUUUUAUAAAUGAAAAUAAUUAUCGGUAUACUGUAGCAAACAUCUUGAAAAAGAUUAAUAAAUCUUUUUAAAUAAAA